AUGAGUAAGAAAAACGAAGAAUUGAAAGUUGUUGCUUCUGAACCACUUGAUUCAAUUGAUGAUUCAACAAAAGGAGAUGAAAGUUCCACUGCUACUUCUACCGACAAGGUUGACGAUAAGAAGAUUGAAGAAUCUGAUAAAGACGAACUGAAAAAGGAAUCAAGUGAUGACAAGGAAAAAGAUGUGAAAUCUACCGAUGAGAAACCAUUGCCUGAAAUUAAGAAGGAAGUAUCUCCAGAUGGAUCUAAGAAGGAACGUAAAUCUGUGUCCUUCAAGAAUGAUGUUGGGGCCACUGAAGAAGUACCAAUCAAUGAUGACAACGAUGAUGACAAAGCGCCACCACAACCACCAAGACCAAAGGAUCCAGUUCAACAAGUCAUUGAUGAAUUGAAAGCAGCUUUCCCAAAUAUUGAAGAGAAAUUAGUUACUGCCACUUUGAUUGCAUCUCAAGGUAACCCAGAUCCAGCAUUUAAUGCUUUGUUGUAUAUCUCAGAUCCUUCAUUUAAACCCAGAAAUUCCAGUUUACAAACCAGUAGCUGA